GCUAUAAGAAGCCGUAUCACGUGGUGCCCAGUCUCAGUCCGUGAGGCGGCGGCGCCAUGGUGCUGCUACACGUGCUGUUCGAACACGCCGCCGGCUACGCGCUGCUGGCGGUGAAGGAGGUGGAGGAGAUCGGCCUGCUGCUGCCCCAGGUGGAGGAGUGUGUUGUGUCCAUUGGGAAGUUCAACAACAUUGUUAAAUUGGUGGCAUUCUCUCCAUUUAAAUCUGCACAGAGUGCCCUGGAAAACAUCAAUGCUGUUUCUGAAGGUAUCGUUCACGAGGACAUGAGGCUGCUGCUGGAGACAAAUAUGCCAGCUUCCAGCAAGAAGAGGAAGGUGAUACUUGGAGUGGCUGAUCAGAAGCUGGGAGCAGCAAUCCAAGAGGAGCUCGGCAUCCAGUGCCAGACAGGAGGAGUGGUGGCUGAGAUCCUUCGGGGUGUCCGCCUGCACUUCCAUUCACUGAUCCAGGGCCUGACUGUGCUCUCCGCUGCCAAAGCCCAGCUGGGUCUUGGUCACAGCUACUCUCGGGCCAAGGUGAAGUUCAAUGUCAACCGGGUUGACAACAUGAUCAUCCAGUCCAUCAGCUUAUUGGACCAGCUGGAUAAGGACAUCAACACCUUCUCCAUGAGAGUCAGAGAGUGGUACGGCUACCAUUUCCCAGAACUCAUCAAGAUCGUUGCUGAGAAUUACACUUAUUGUCGGCUGGCAAAGCUGAUCGGGAACCGGAAGGAGCUGUCUGAGGAGAGUCUACCGGCACUGGAGGAGAUCGUGAUGGACAGCGCCAAGGCCCAGGCCAUCCUGGAUGCAUCCCGCAGCUCCAUGGGAAUGGAUAUCUCCCCCAUUGAUCUCAUUAACAUUGAGAGCUUCUCGAACAGAGUGGUGUCUCUCGCUGAAUACAGGAAAACGCUCCAGGAUUACCUGCGUUCCAAGAUGAAUCAGGUGGCACCAAACCUGGCCACUCUCAUUGGAGAGGUGGUUGGCGCCCGCCUGAUCUCCCAUGCAGGCAGCCUGACGAAUCUGGCCAAGUACCCAGCCUCUACCGUACAGAUCCUGGGUGCGGAGAAAGCUUUGUUCAGAGCCCUGAAGACCAGGAGCAACACUCCCAAGUAUGGCCUGAUCUUUCACUCCACCUUCAUUGGCAGAGCAGCUGCUAAAAACAAGGGCCGGAUCUCACGUUACCUGGCCAACAAGUGCACGAUAGCAUCCAGAAUUGAUUGCUUCUCAGAAAUCCCCACCAAUGUGUUUGGAGACAAACUGCGAGACCAGGUUGAAGAGCGGCUGGCAUUCUAUGAGACGGGAGAGGCUCCUCGUAAGAACAUCGAUGUCAUGAAGGAGGCAGCUGCUGAGGCGGCUGAGGUGACAGCACAGCUGAAACGUAAAAUGGAAAAGAAAGAGAAGAGGAGGAAGAAGAGGGAGAAACGAGCUCUGGAAGCCGCGGCUGCUGAGAGGGAGCUGGCUGAGGAGGACGAGGAGCCGGCAGAAAAGAGGGUUAAAGUGGAGAAUGAGGUCGGAAAUGCGGAGGUGGUGAAGAAGAAGAAGAAGAAGAAGGUGGGGGCGGCGGAGGAGGAACUGGCAGUGGACAAUGUGGCAAAUGGGAUGCAGGAGACCCCUGCCAAGAAAAAGAAGCAUCAUCGGCAACUGGAGAUUGAGACACCCGAGGUCCCUGUGCUGGACAGUAAAAAGAAAAAGAAGAAACUCAAACAGGGUGCCUCGCCCCUGUGAACGGGCAGAUUUGUGUCUGGGAUUGUCGGCUUGUCCCAGUGCUGGCAGUGGGGUUGUGUGGACCUGGGGCAGGGUUGGUAUUGCCAACCUGUUCUCUAGUCCCUGUGGUCAGGGAGGGGGUCCACUCUGCAGUGUUCCUGACCUAGUGCUAAUGAGUUUACAGGACUGGUUGGUUGCUUUGCCAGUGCUGUCUGCAGUGACCAACCAGUGUGCCUGACAGCUCCGUCCUUGUCACUGAUCCCACCUCUGUGGUGCAGAUACCACCCCAAACUCAUGUAUUUGUCCUCUGUGAUGGGUGGGGUGCAGCCUGACAUGUCUACUUUGUAAAUAUGUAAAGAUAAUAAAGUAUGAACCCUUUCA